CAGUUGCUGUCAAAUUGAUAACAUGAAUCAUUUACUUGCAUUUUCGAACGGAACGCAGUCCCGUCAAAAAUGGCCUCUAUGCUGUUCAGUGUUUUGAUGCGAAAAUCCGCAAAUUUGGGCCAAACAGCGGCCUUAGCGAAGAAUUUACCAGCCCUUUAUAAUGUGAACAACAGCCAACGUAAUGCGCACAGAUGGAUGCCAGACGCGGAGUACGUGAAGCAGUUCGAAGGAGCCGUCAUAUACCCUGAUGAGGUCACCUCACUGCUGAAACAUCCGCCUUACCAUGGUGUGGUGGCGCCCGGAGAGAAGCAAGUGAGGAACAUGGUGCUGAACUUCGGCCCCCAGCACCCGGCCGCUCACGGAGUGUUGCGACUGGUGCUUGAGCUGGACGGAGAGACGGUCCGCGCAGCAGACCCUCACAUCGGCCUCCUCCACCGCGGCACGGAGAAGCUGAUAGAAUACAAGACUUACACCCAGGCGCUGCCCUACUUCGACCGCCUGGACUAUGUCUCCAUGAUGUGCAACGAGCAGUGCUACAGCUUGGCCGUCGAGAAGUUGCUGAACAUCGACAUACCGCUGAGAGCUAAGUAUAUCAGAACUCUGUUCGCUGAAAUAACUCGUCUGUUAAACCACAUUAUGGCAGUUUGUUGCCACGCUCUUGACGUGGGUGCUCUCACUCCGUUGUUCUGGAUGUUCGAGGAGAGAGAGAAGAUGAUGGAGUUCUAUGAGAGAGUCAGUGGAGCCAGGAUGCACGCUGCCUACAUCAGGCCGGGAGGAGUUUCUCUCGACAUGCCACUAGGCCUUAUGGAUGACAUCUACGAGUUUUCAUCCAAAUUCGCGGAACGUUUGGAUGAGGUGGAGGAUGUUCUGACCACCAACAGGAUCUGGGUGCAGAGGACCAAGGACAUCGGGGUCGUCACCGCCCAGGACGCUCUCAACUACGGCUUCAGCGGCGUAAUGCUCCGCGGGUCGGGCAUCAAAUGGGACCUGCGCAAGUCGCAGCCGUACGACGCGUACCACCUGGUGGACUUCGACGUACCCAUUGGCACCAACGGGGACUGCUACGACAGAUACCUGUGCCGCGUGGAGGAGAUGCGUCAGUCGCUCCGCAUCAUCGACCAGUGCCUCAACCAGAUGCCGCCCGGCGAGGUCAAGACGGACGACGCCAAGCUCACACCGCCUUCUCGCGAGGAGAUGAAGACGUCGAUGGAGGCCCUGAUCCACCACUUCAAGCUGUUCACGCAAGGCUACCAGGUGCCCCCCGGGUCCACCUACACGGCGGUGGAGGCCCCCAAGGGAGAGUUCGGGAUCUACCUCGUCUCUGAUGGAGGAUCCAAGCCUUACAGAUGCAAGAUCAAGGCGCCCGGCUUCGCCCACCUGGCUGCUCUGGAGAAAGUCGGCAAGAACUCCAUGCUGGCAGACAUCGUGGCCAUCAUCGGCACCCUCGACGUGGUCUUCGGGGAAAUUGACCGAUAAACACCGAUUUUUGUACAAAAACAGGUUUUUCCGUAAAAAUCGGAGUUAAGCUAAGAGAAGCUUUGUUAAUUAUUAUAUGUUAUCGGCUUACGUAACUGUUUGACGUGGAACUCGACUAGUUUCAGUAGCAGCGCGACAAUUGCCGCGUCGUGUGUCGCGGAAUGCUGCUCAUGAAUAUGAGCUUCUAGCAUGGCUUGGAACUAGUCGAGUUCCUCGUCAAACAGUUACGUGAGUAAGCCAAUAACAUAUAAUAAUUAAUUUAGUAUGUCUCACGAAAGUUACAAUAAGAAGCUUUGUUAGUGAGAAAUGUUAAAGUAGAUUUCAAUGUGCAUUUAUUUUUUAUGUUUAAGCAAUAAUAUUGUUAAAUCAUUUUGAAGCUUAUUUCUCUGUAUUUUUUGAUGUAUUUUGAGAAGGAAUAAAGGGCUUAUGUAAUUA